CGGUGAAUAAUGAGAACAGAUCAGUUUAAUGCUGUUAUCUAGAGACAGAUUGGAUUUAUGAACUGGUUUGUGUUGGAUGUUCUUCAUUAUUGAGACAGAGCUCCGCCUGUAAAAUGAGUCUCUACAAGCAGCGAAAAGAGGGUGUGUCUGUUCAGGCACGUAAAGCAGCAUCUCCAGAGCCCAGCUGUGUGUCUAUGAAGAGUGACGCAUCCAUGGACCCUCCCCCUAAACUCAGUGAUGGAGCAGUGACCUCUGACCCUGAAAAAGCAGCAUCUCCAGAGCCCAGCUGUGUGUCUUUGAAGAGUGACGCAUCCAUGGACCCUCCCCCUAAACUCAGUGAUGGAGCAGUGACCUCUGACCCUGAAGUGAAGAGAGAUGAUGUGAUCAGAUCCUGCACUCUCUCUUACUGGCAGACCCUCAUCAAGCAGAGAGUCAAAGACCAGCACAAAAUCAGCAUGAAGAACCAGUUUGAAAGCUUAUUUGAAGGAAUCAAACUAGAAGAGAAUCAAAUUCUCCUGAACAGGAUCUACACACAGCUCUACAUCAUAGAGGGAGAGAGUGAAGGAGUGAAUGAAGAACAUGAGGUUUUACAGAUGGAGAAAACAGCCAGAACACAAGACACUCCAAUCUACUGCAAUGACAUCUUUAAACCCUUACAUCAACCAGGAUGUGAGGCGAAAGACAACAUCAAGACUGUUCUUACUAAAGGCAUCGCUGGAAUUGGAAAAACCGUCUCUGUGCAGAAGUUCAUUCUGGAUUGGACCGAGGGAAAAGCCAAUCAGGAUGUAGAUUUCAUGUUUGUGCUUCCAUUUCGAGAGCUGAACUUGAUUAAAGAUCGCCAGUACAGUCUUCACAGACUCCUGCUGGACUUUCAUCCUGAACUUCAAGAUCUGGACUCAAAGAUUUAUGAGGAGUGUAAAGUUGUGUUCAUCUUUGAUGGUCUGGAUGAAAGCAGAAAGAAACAUAUUUUUUCAUAUAUAAAGAAAGUUUGUGAUGUGAAUGAGUCUUCAUCACUGAGUGUGUUGAUGUCAAACCUCAUCAGAGGAGAUCUGCUUCCCUCUGCUCAUAUCUGGAUCACUUCCAGACCAGCAGCAGCCAAUCUGAUCCCCUCAAAAUACAUAAACCGUGUGACAGAAAUCCAGGGAUUCACUGAUCCUCAGAAAGAGGAAUAUUUCAGGAAGAGAAUCAGUGACGAGCUUCAAGCCAGCAGUAUCAUCUCACACAUUAGAAGAUCAAGAAGCCUUCACAUCAUGUGUCACAUACCCGUCUUCUGCUGGAUCUCAGCCACUGUGCUUCAAAACCUCCUGAAACAAGAUGACAGAAAUGCAGAAAUUCCUCAAACUCUGACUGAAAUGUACAUCCACUUCCUGCUGACUCAGAUCAACAUGAGGAAUCAGAAGUAUGAUGAGAAAGAUCCAGAGAAAAUCCUGAAGUCCAACAGAGACGUGAUUGUGAAACUUGCUGAACUGGCUUUUAAGCAGCUGAUGAAGGGCAAUGUGAUGUUCUAUGAGGAGGACCUGAUUGAGAGCGGCAUAGACGUCACAGACGCCUCAGUGUAUUCUGGGAUUUGCACUGAGAUCUUUAAGGAGGAAUCUGUGAUUCAUCAGAGGAAAGUCUACUGCUUCAUUCAUCUCAGCUUUCAGGAGUUUCUUGCUGCUUUCUUUGUGUUCUACUGCCACGUAGUCAAAAAUAUGGGAUUAUUGAAGUUGUUUCUGAAUGAAGGAUAUACAAGGUACAGUCAGAAAAACUCUCUAUAUGAGCUACUAAAAGCAGCAGUUAAUAAAUCUUUCAGGAGUAAAAAUGGACACCUGGAUCUUUUCCUGCGGUUCCUGCUGGGCGUCUCACUGGAGUCCAAUCAGAGACUCUUACAGGAUCUACUGACACACACAGUGAACAGCUCAGAAAACAUGAGAGAAAUCACGCAAUACAUUAAAGACAUGAUCAAGGAUGAUGAUCGUCUCCUAGCUGACAGAUGCAUCAAUCUGUUCCUCUGUCUGCUGGAAAUGAAGGAUCAGACUCUGUACAGAGAGAUUCAGGAGUUUGCGAAAUCAGAGAAUCACUCAUUGAAUCGACUCUCUCCUGGUCACUGCUCAACAAUCGUCUACAUGCUUCAGGUAUUAGAAUUGCUGGAUGAAUUUGAUCUGAAGAAAUACAACACAUCAGAUGAGGGCAGAAGGAGACUGAUACCAGCUGUGGUGAACUGCAGAAAAGCUCUACUUGCUGACUGUAAUCUCACUGGUCAGUUCUGUGAAAGUUUGUCUUCAUUUCUACAAUCAUCAAACUCCUCAAUGAGAGAGCUGGACCUGAGUAACAAUGACCUGCAGGAUUCAGGGGUGAAGCUUCUGUCUGAUGGACUGAGGAGUUCUCACUGUCAACUCAACAUACUGAGAUUAUCUGGCUGUAUGGUGACCGAGAGAGGCUGUUGUUUUCUGGCUUCAGCUCUGAGUUCAAACCCCUCACACCUGAGAGAGCUGGAUCUGAGCUACAAUCACCCAGGACAAUCAUUAGUCCAGCUGGUCUCUGAUCCAAACUACAGACUGGACAAACUCAAUCUGGAUCAUGGCGGAAAGUUCAGGACUACAAAAGGACUAAAGAAAUAUGCAUGUGAUCUCACUCUGGAUUUAAACACGGCAAACACUCGUCUCGCUCUGUCUGAGAGGAACAGUAAAAUUACACGUGUGAAAGAGGAGCAGCCGUUUCCUGAUCAUCCAGAGAGAUUUGAUGAAUGGCCUCAGGUUCUGUGCAGAGAGAGUCUGACUGGACGCUGUUACUGGGAGACUGAAUGCAGUGUGUGGGCUGAUAUAUCAGUGACGUAUAAAGGAAUCACCAGGAGAGGAACAAGUGAGGACUGUUGCUUUGGAUGCAAUGAAAAAUCCUGGAGUCUGAACUGGUUUAAUAACAGUUUCACUUUCAGACACAAUAAGGAGAGCACAGAAAUAUCUGUCCCUUCACAUCCCUCUAACAGAGUAGGAGUGUAUGUUGAUGUGUCUGCCGGCACUCUGUCCUUCUACAGCGUCUCUGACACACACACACUCACACACUUACACACAUUCAACUGCACAUUCACUGAACCUCUCUAUGCUGGAUUUGGGGUUUGUAGUAGUGGUGGUUCAGUGUCUCUGUGAGAUUAAACAGCUUCCUGUGAGAAACAAGUGAGACACAGUUGAGUAAAAGAAAAACACUCACAUUAUCUCUCUCUUUAACUCACACAGCUGUAAACUUUUUCUCUCUUCAAAUCA